GGAUGUCCAGAGAAGUGAGUACGUUCCAUUACACGGUUUGAUCAGUGCGGGCGAUGUCAGAACAGCCGGGAUCUAGUGGAUUCUAGCAGAGCGCGGUUUUGUGUCUGCCAUCCAUUCAUUCGUUUAUCCUGGAUGAUCUAGGGUACGAGGCGGCACUUUCUCCCUGAAAACCUAUGCAAGUCUCCUAGAGAUGGAAAUAAGCGGCUGCCUGACCCUGAAAGACUUGAUAAGCGCCAAGAAAGGUCGCCCUGACCAGGAGAAAGAUGCCAGGAGCUGGCAGAAGGAGAAUAUGUGUGACCGAUUCAGGAUAAGCCCCAGGGUACCAUUAAAAGGGGAACCUAUUGACUUAUCAAAACAGAAAGGUCUAACCCCUGAAAGAUAUCCGAUCACCCCAGUAAAAGUGGCUGAUAGACCUCUUGCUGAUCCAUGGACUCCCACUGCCAAUCUAAAGAUGCUCAGUAGUGUCGCUAGCCCAGAGAUUCGGGACCGAGAAAAGAAGAAGGAACUCUUCCGGCCUAUUGAGAACAAUGAGCAAGAAGACGCUGGACUCGACAUUCAGCAGUUUGAGACCAUUGACGAUAUGGAUGACUUGGAAAAGAGACCAAGCAGAAAGCAAAAAAGUUUGGGCCUUCUUUGUCAGAAGUUUUUAGCCCGAUACCCUAGCUAUCCUAUAUCAACUGAGAAAACCACCAUUUCAUUGGAUGAAGCUGCUUCAAGCCUUGGAGUGGAGCGUAGACGCAUCUAUGACAUUGUGAAUGUUCUAGAGUCGUUAAAUUUAGUUAGUCGUGUGGCGAAAAAUCAAUACUGUUGGCACGGCCAGCACAACCUAAAUGAGACUUUGAAGAACCUGCAGCGGGAAGGGGAGAGACAACAGUACAGUACCCAGAUUGCCUACUUUCAGCAUAAAGACUUUGGUACAGAGCAGAGAAAAGACAGCCAGCCUGCCACAUCAAUGGAAUUACCUGAGAUGGACUGUCCAUCAGCCUCAGCAGGCAGUCGCAAGGACAAGUCUCUGAGGAUCAUGAGCCAGAAAUUUGUCAUGCUGUUCCUAGUGUCCACGACCAAAAUAAUCACUCUUGAGAUUGCUGCUAAAAUCCUGAUUGAGGAGAGCCAGGACAUUUCUGAUCACAGCAAAUUUAAAACCAAGGUACGACGUUUGUAUGACAUAGCUAAUGUUCUGACCAGUCUUGGCCUCAUUAAAAAGGUCCAUGUAACUGAAGAACGUGGACGAAAACCUGCAUUUAAGUGGAUUGGACCUGUUGAGUUCAAGACUGAAAGUGACCAAGACAUUACAACCACAUCACCAGCCUCAAAAAGAGAUGUUACAGCUGAGAACGGCAAGCAGCAGAGACUGCUCCGUCACUCAUCCUUCACUCAUGUUCAGUCCAUCAGUACUGUGAAGAGGAAGGUCUGUUCCGAGCCAAGUAGCCCACACAAGGCCCCAGAAGCUCUUUUGGAACAUGACGGUUACUCCUCAAAGAUGGCUCAUUUUUCUACUAUUUGCAGACAGAAGAUUGAAGAAGAUUCCGGGUCUUUCAAGUUUGCAUCAAAUAAUCCAGCCCAUAAAAACGUAGGACAUCUUCCCUUUUCUGUUGUAGUGCCUGUCCCAGUGGAUCCAGAUUAUUGUACCAGAGAUUCUGGCCACCAGAAGCUACCUUCUUCUCCAAAUAAAAUACAGUCUCAGCUAAAGGUUAUAGCUUCCUCUAGUGGCCAUGGAUUUCUCCAUAAUCAGCCCUAUAUGUAUGUUCCAUCAACAUCUGUCUUCAUGCUUUAUGGAAACCCUGGCAAUGAAAAGUUUCUAGAUGGACUACAUGGAGCUCGCAGUUCAUCUCCUUCAGAUAAAAAGACCACUGAAGAUGGUGACCAACCUGCUAAGAGACAGAGGAUUGGCAGUUCCGAUGACGGCCCACUUCCUUUGGUGGUACCAAAAGUUUGCUCAGCUGAGAGAGGUUCAUGUGACACCAGCUUACCACAUAACUCACUAGAGCCCUGUAAAGACAACCUGCAUUCAGUCGCCUCGUCUUCCUGCCAAGAAGAAACUACUGAGCUGACCAAAGAGCAAGAACCACAAGAGAAAGUUGCAUCUGCUGCACUACCCCAAUAUCUUUAUGUUCCCUCCUCCACUGGAUUAAAUGGCUUCAAUUUCUUUCUGCCAGCCAAUCAAGCUACAGGAGCUAUGGGCAUUUCUCAAAGUCCUUUACCACAUCUUAAUGUACCUUAUGUGAUGGUGCCAUCUACAGCCCUGGCAGCUUUCCCAUUUAUUUGCUCACCUGCGGUUACCAGCUCUGCCUCAAGUGACCAUGCCUUGAGUACUGCAAGUCUGAAUUACAGCUUGCCUGGCAUGACCACACCACCACCUCAUAUGUUUAGAACUCCUUCAAUACCUGAGACCUCUCCAGACAUGCAUCAAGGUGUUCCUCCAGCUAGUGCAAGUCCACCAUCUGCUAGUCCUGCAACAGCCGAUUCCCCCAUUUCUGCCGUUCUGCCACUUCCUGUUAAAACGCAAAAGUCUCCUACUCCGUUAACGCCAAAGAGCAUUCGUCCAGUUCACAAAGACACAUUCUUCAAGACACCUGGCAGCUUGGGAGUUUCUCCAGCUUUUCGGAGAAAUGAAAGACCUCAUGUUAGAAAUUCCAGCUCUGCACAGAGAAGACUAGACAUCUGCAAUACCACUGACUGACCAGACACCGUCUAUCCUCCCACUCGUAAUAUUGUGUACUCCUUUUGACCAGACUGAUUUUCAGCUACAUUCCUUAGGUCUAAGCACAUUAACAGGAUGUAUAAUUUGUUUGUUUUUGGAGUAGGAGGGGCCUAGUGAGUUUCAAUGUACCUAAAACGUAGGUAGACCAUACUGACUCUUCACUAGAAAACCUAAUCCUAAUGGCCUAGGAUUAUUGAUCACACUUAAUGUACCAUUUUUUUUUGUGAAUGAAAUGUGAACAAAAACAACCUAGCACUUGACAAACUUUGCCUUGUUCAGCUGUCCUCCAUAGUGCUGCUCGCCAAUCCUGCUCUGUUGUAAGGAGUAAAUGGGAGCUAAUUCCAAAAGCGGAGAAUUUGCUUCCUUGGGCAGCACACUAAAUUAUUGUUCAACCUGUCCUACGUACUGUGCAUGAGCCAGGGAUCUUCUGAGACUUUAAAUAAUUACUUGAAUACUAGUUGUAUAGGAAAAUCCUACAAUGUCUAAAGGCAUAAGAAUGUAGUCUUGUGACAACUGUGAAAUGAUUGUUACUGACACCCCCAUGGACUAGAAAUCUGUAUAUAAAGUUACGAUUUCAUAUGGUUACAUGGAAGGCAUUUCCCCCUGUUAAAUAUAUUUAUGUCACAAGACUAGUAGACAGAGGUACCAGGUAGCGUAUUCUCCGGCUAUUUAAUACUGUUUUCUAUUUUUCUAUGUGUACUCAUACUGGACUGUUUUGUCUCUUUACUGUCGGACAGAGCAUUUUAUGGGACCAGCAAAGCUUGAACAUAAUAGUGUGAACAUUUGUCUUAUGUUUGAUGCUAGGUGCUAACACUAUAAUGGUAGUUUGUCUUUACCAAUUGCCCUGAAUACUUUUUCUAGCGAUUAUACUUUUUAAUAUUCGAAAUGUUAUUUAGCCCCCCCCCCCCCCCCCCCCCCCUUUGAAGGAAACACUUCUUCAACCUGCAGCAUACGCUAAAGCUAGCUUAAUGUAUAUGUAGUUACAGAUUUUCAGUAGGUGGAUAUGCUUGCUCACUAUUUUAGGCCAGUUUUCAAUAUGAACGGGCUCAGUCCGGGAACCGCUCCAUGUGGUGGCUUCCCUGGACCAAACACUCCUGCCUUGAACUCAGUGUCAUCAUAAAAUGAUAUAAGUCCCUGCCUGACCAGAGGUCUGCUAUACUGUGCUCAUGGCGUUAUUUGAGUUCAAUACAUUAGACCUAAUGGUCAGGCAGGAACUCAAAGUAUCUGACAUUAUGAUG